CCGCGGCCAAACUUGUCUUAAAUCAUAUAUAUCAUCUCCUCUUCUAUUUUAUUUCAUACUCUGUAUGCUUUUUGGAUUGUGUGUAGUCGUCUUUAUUCAUAUAUCCAUACAUAUGUUCUUCUGUAUAUUAUAUAUUUGUUUUAAUUUAAUGUUUUAAGUUCAUCAUCAUCAUGAUCAUAAGAACUGAAUGCUCCCAUCAUCCAUCUAGCCGUCGAUAGAAUCGAAUCUAUCACUGUCGUUAUAUAUUUGUGAAUAUGUGUAUUUCAGUCACAAAUUGUUCAACUCGGGCGCCAAUAACCCGACCAAACAGCAGCAUCUUUAUAUACAUCUGUUUGUUGGCCAACUAAAAUCAACUUACUAAAAAUUUUCCUUAAGAAUCGAUAUGAAUGUAGAUAGUGGCUAUUGAAUGAAUAAAACAACAAUCUCUGUAAGUUUGUCAAACUCUAAAAUUCAUUGUUCUAUCGACCGGCUCUAUACAGCCAAUGUCGGUCAUUUUCGACUAGUUCAAAUUGUGCACGAUCCUUAUCCAAUUUCAAACAAUUAUUGUCAACACGUGCAUUUCAUCAACCAAGCCAUCCAAUUUGCCAUCCCAAAAGUGUGAAUCCUACAUUCGAUUUUUUUGGAAUCGUCCAUCGUUUGUUUGUUUUUUGUUGGUUUAAUUUCUCUCGUUUAUUUGAAUCGAUUCUUGUUUGCUAUGUAAAAUUUUGACAUGGAUCAAAAAUCAUCUAGAAUAAUCAAGUCAAACAAAUUUUUUUACCAUCAGUAUCUUUUGUUGUUGUCAUAUCAUCAGCUCUAUAAUUGCCAGGAUGAUUGUUGAAUGCUAUUUGAAAUCAAGAUUAUCCUAAAAAAUUCUGCUUAUUUUUGUUUUUAUUUUCGUUGAUGUAGAUGUGUGUGUGUGUUUAUGCCCACAUCUGGCAUCGAUUAGCUCAUUUUGUUCAUAUUGAUUCACCAUAUUAUCAUUGAAAUCAAUGGUUUAAUAUUUCCAUUGAAAACACCUUGAAAACAUUUGGCUUGAAAAUCAAAAUUCGAAACAAUUAUGGAAAUGUCAUCCAACUUAUACGAGUCGACAUCGAUGUCAUCGACAUCGAGAUUAAAAUGGAAAUGUCUGCAUCGAUCUAAAAACAGACCAGGCUAUAGCUUAAAACCAACAACUAUUAUUCACAAGCAGCAAUCUCUAAAUAGUGAUUCAUCAACAUGGACAUUAAAUGGUUCCAUAGAUAAAAGACAUACACAUCAUUGUGUUCGAUCAUCAUCCUCAUUAUCGAUGCCAAUUACAUAUUCAAAGUGUUCAUCACAAUCGAUAUUGCUCUCAGAUCGGCGAUUAAUAUGGCAAUUCAUUGUAAAUUUGAUUCCUAUAAAGAAUCUAUCUUUAUUUUUAUUGCCGCUUUUGAUGAUAAUUAUAAUCGCCACGACGACAGUAUCGACCGAAAAGGCUCAUUACGACAAUUAUCCAUCAAUGAUCGGCCGAUCAUCAUCUAUUCGUCGCAAUCACCAUCAUGACCUGAAUAUCGAUAAUAAUGGCGAAAGUUUCUCAUCGUUUCUUCCUACAUCAACCGAUUUUCGAAAUAAAAACCCUAACGAAAAACGUGGAGGACAUAAUAGCAAACAAGAUGAUCCUUUUUUGGACAUUGCCGAAGGUAGUGGACACCAUCGGAAUCCAAACAAUCCAAAUGAAGAUGAAGAAGAUGAUGAUGAUGAUCUUGAAAUUGAUGGCUCCGGAGCUGCUGACUCCAUCAAUGAUAAACAAUCAUCUACGACAACAUCCACAUCGACGUCCACGACAACAUCGACAACAACUACUACAACAACGACGACCACGACUACAACCAUGAAGCCUAUUGUAACGUCCCAAAAAUCAUCCACAUCAACUACAGUCUACAGUUCUUCACCAAAGACGCCCAAAUCUAAAGUUUGCAAAACUCCUAUCGAUGAUGAAGAUUUGGAAGGAUCUGGUGAUUGUGUUGAUAAUAAUGAUGACGGUAUAGAAGGCUCUGGAGCUUCCAAUAUAGAUCAAGAAUCCGUAGUUGUGCCUAGCAGCAGCAGCACUACAGAAUCAUCAAUUGUAGAAAUUCCCUCAUGGACAACAUCGACCAUACGUCCUCUGACUACGUCAUCAUCAACUACUACGACCACAACAACCAGUCAGCCACCACCAAUGAUGACGCCAAGUAUUGAUGAUGUCGAAUUUCCAGAUUAUGUUACACCUCCGAAAUAUAUUCCCCCGCGUACGCCAUCAGCUUCGGCAUCAUUCUUUGCUCGACCUGGAAUCCUUGCAGCUGUCAUCGGUGGGACUGUGGUCGGAUUAUUGUGUGCCAUUCUGAUGGUUAUGUUUAUCGUAUAUCGAAUGCGUAAAAAAGAUGAAGGCAGCUAUCCAAUUGAUAAAACGACCAUAACAAAAACCUAUCGUGCUGCCCAUAAUCAUCAUCAUCAUCAUGUAAAUCAUCAUCAUCCUCUUCAUAGUAACAAACAAUAUGCGUAAUCAAUCCAUCAUUCAAUCGGAUGAUUGAUUUUUAUUGUGAUGCUUAUAGCACACGAUGAAAAACCAUUUAAUAGUGAUGAGCCCUGUAAUAAUUUUCAUUAAUACAAUGUGACAAUUUUCAUGCACACACUGUCAUUGUGAUAUGGUUACUCCCCACUUCGAUGAAUAUCAUACAUAAAUACACAAAAACAAACAUGGAUGACAAUUCCUUGUAUUUCAUUUUUUUUCGUUUCAAUACAAGCAAACAUUGGCUCCUUAUUAUCAUUCACAUUUAUUUAUUACCAUGAUCCAGAAAAAAUUGUGGGGAUAAAAUAGGAUCUGUUCACGAACAUACGGGACUACUAUUGAUAUUAAAAAAAAAAAAAAAAAAAUUUUUAUCAAUUUUAAUACGUAUCAUCAAUGUGGCUCAGAAACGAAACCAUAUUUCUUGUUAUUACUUGAUUAUGUUCCAUUCGAUUGUUUCAUUGAAUGGCCAUAUGUAUUGUGUAUUUUAUAAGACAAUAUUUUCCUAUUCAUUUGUACAUAUAUCUAUUUAAACAUUCAACAUCUUUUUAUUUUGUUUUUUUACUGAUCAUUUUUCUCUUUGCUUCCAUUCACAUCAUAUAUGCAAAAAAAAACGAAAUUCGUCGAGCUAUUUAGAUACAUUUUAUUCUGAUCUUUUUGUUCAUAUAAAUGAUCGAAACCAUUUUAUAUUUGUAACUAUCUUUAUCGAUAAUAUUUGCACAAAAUAAGUAUUCAUAAGUAUUUGUCAUUUU